GUAUACACUAAGGGGAAAGAAAAGAUAAAUCUCUCGCCUUUUGUUGGGCGGACUGUUCUUCCCCGCCUGCCGAUUUUCGAAAUCGCCCAUUUCACAAAUCCAUCGAGCUUCUGAUCAAAUGGAAAUGGCUGAAGGUGAAGGAAGUACGGAGGAUCACUACAUCGACGUCGAUACCUCCGCUAUUUCCCUCGGUGGCUCUGUCGUCUUCCAUGUCAUCAACGACGCCGUCGGCUUCGUCCUCUACAUGCAUCAGCAGAUCCCUUCUGUAUUGCAGGACAUGAGCCUUGAUUUUGAUGAGCUGCAAUCAGAAUACAAGGAGUUGGAGGGGAAUCUUGCACAACCAGAACUAAAGCCACUGGUCAGAAGAAAAAUCAUGAGUAGAAAAAGGGAGAUCAAGCAUGAAAUCAGGAAAUCGGAGAAACUUAUGAACACAAUAUCUAGUCUGAGAAAUGCACUGCAGCUAAUGAUCUGCGAGACUCCGGGCAUUCAGAGAGUCAUGUUGAUUCUUGGUGGGAGUCCACUGCGGCCUCAAAAAGUUUACGAGUUCUUCUUCCCGCACAGGGAUAACAUCCCCUGCUGCGAAGGCGACUUUGCUAAAAGCAAAGCUGCCGAAGCACUUUCAAGAAAGACUAUCCGAGCAUUGAUUACAAUGGGUGCUGGGUCCUGUUCCUGCCCAGGUCCUAUGAAACUCUUCAUAUUGGUUCUUGCUCCACCCUCUUUGAAUCUGCCCCACCACUUUCUUCCUAAACGCGACUUCAGAUACAACAAAAAGAUUGUGCCUCUAAGGUUGAGAUUGAAGUGUAUAACACAAGAGAGGGCAACCGAAACUCCUUUGAACUCUGCUACAAAUGAUCUAAUAUGGUUCCAGUGUCGACAUGUGAUAAAGGGCCUAGCUUUCCAGACACCGGAAGAAGAAUGAGACUGAUUUGUGUCCUGUAGUUAUCUCGGCAUUCUGCAAGCACAGGUCAGAUUUUACAAAUAAUCUGGUUCAGUGGUAAAACCAUUUACCGCAGAGUCUGAGGUCGCGGGUUCGAAUCCACCUCUCUACAUGAAAAUGUAGAGGUAAGGUGGCCUAGUAUAUUCCCUUCCCAGCACCCCCACUAGCUGAGGAUACGAAUUGGGUUGGUCUUUUUAUAAUCUGGUCCAUAUAGAUGUAAUCGGUUCUAGUUUUGGGAUAUAUUGAGAACCUCUAUUUGACCUAUCCUAUUGACUCAAAUUGUGCAUCUCUGUCUCUCUCUAGUUAUCCAAGAUCCAUCUAAGAUUUCAUAUGAUA